AACAGGGCGACAGCCCAUAAGAGUAUAGUUCUUCUUAGCUAAUUUGGUUGGGGCCAUGGAGGGGCAAUUCGGUUGGGGGACUCUAGUAGAUGGAUGGAGGAAAGGUCCAUGGACUGCCCAGGAGGAUGAGAUCCUCAUCGAGCACAUCAACCAACAUGGUGAAGGAAGAUGGAACUCCAUCUCCAAGCUAACAGGGCUUAGACGAAGUGGCAAGAGCUGUAGGCUAAGGUGGGUGAACUACCUGAGGCCCGACCUUAAAAGAGGGAAGAUUACUCCCCAUGAGGAGAACAUCAUUCUCGAGCUUCAUGCUAUGUGGGGAAACAGGUGGUCCACAAUUGCUCGGAGCCUCCCCGGGAGGACCGACAACGAGAUCAAGAACUACUGGAGGACCCAUUUCAAAAAGAGCAAAAAGCCUUCGAAGAAUGUCGAGAGGGCGAGAGCUCGGUUUAUGAGGCAGCAGCAGGAGCAGCACGAGCUAAAAGGAGAGCAGCACCAAGAGGAGGAGGAGGAGCAGCAGCAGCAAGGAGAUAUGAGAGGGAUCAUGACCCAAAUAGAGGAAGCAGCGCUUGCGCAGGGCAUGCAGGAGAUGGAGGCCUGCAUGUACCCCUUAACCUCUAUGCUUCAAUGGGGUGGUUGCGCGGGUGGCGGCGGCGUCAGCCGCUCUAUGAGCGAUGGCUCCAGCGAAGAAGAGGCGUGGGGAAGCCUGUGGAACCUCGAUGACAUACUUGAUGUUGGAGAGGGGGCGUGUCGUGGCGGUUUCGCACUGCAAGACCAAGUACUUACUUUCUACUGAGGAAAAUAUCUAGUAGCUCUCAUGAAAAGAGAGCGGCGUGUCGUGGCGGUUUAAAACAGCAUGAUCAAGUACUUACUUUCUACUAAGGAGAAUAUCUAGUAGCUCUCAUGAAAGAGAGAGAGAGAGAGAGAGUGGAGGGUUAAAUAUGUUAUGUUGGUGGAUAAGGAUGCAAGCAAUCCACUUUGAGCACUCGUAUAUUAUGAUCUCUGAUACUCCACUUUUGAUGCCACGCUUUUCCUAUCCUUCUUUUUGUGACUUUGUAUGGUGAAAAUAUGAAUAUAUUAUAUGUAAAAGAACCCAUUUCCCUGAA